AUGGAUAUCGCUUUACGCUUGAAACAUAGUCAUUUUCGUAGCGUUAUUAUUCGAGGUAUUGUGCUUUACAGAAGUCCUACUCAAAUUAAAUUAUGGUUCUCCGGAUUGUGCUUCCGUACGCUUGCGUACACUGGAUUCUUGCUUGCCAGGGGUAGCAUCGUUACGCGGACCACAUCAACAGCAGUCUUCUUCUAGACUGAGUGCUUGUAUUGUAAACCCCUCUGGUGCUGUACAUCUUGCGGAUGCUAUAGAGGGCAAAGGCCGAUCUAUCCCGUAAUAAUGGGUGCCACUUCCGGUACUUAUACCUCUCCUUGGCUUGCAGCAUCAGUCUUGAGUGGGCGGCUUAUAGAAUUCUGCCGCCCGGCGUGGAGUUGCUUGAUUCCAAGGAUCCACUCCUUCGAGUCUGUCGAGUGCCGAAGUGCCUUCCUUCGGCAGCUACUGGAAAAAGACUACUAUGGCCUGAGCCGAACCCCCAGUUUCUCGGUAGAGGAAUGCUCACAGGUCCUUGGGUCCAAAGGACAUUGUUGGGCACCUCCAUUUCCAACCACAGGAAAGCAGUCAAAACUUAUCCGGAUACAUAUCUCUUGAGCCUUCACUAUAUUCUUGAAUCAGAGUCCGUCCCAGUUCGCCGUGACCAUAAGUUCUAGACUGCUGCGCCAAGAGGUAGGUCUACACGUAUCACAAUUUUAAUGUAUAUAAUCCUACUCAAGGAAUUUGGAAAGUAUUUAUUAAGGAGCAUAAAUUUAACUAUGAUUAUGCUGAAGAGAUAGACAAAUACUUUAGUUCAUCAAAUGGAGGAAUACUGUCCCAAUCUUCAGUAUUGUGUAGAGAUAAUUGCAGGAUAGACUCCACAGAAAAGGCAAGGGAUAAGCUUGGUGGCAACAAUAUUGAUGAUUUAAUCGAAAAAAUUAUUAACAAAGACCCAAGUUUAGCUAAUAUAGAUAAGACAUAUGAAGAAGAGACAUUAAAAAGAAAAACCGACCCAGGAGCUGAAGGCACAAAAUUCUUCAGAGGGGGCUAA